GCACACAAAGACGCGCAAAGUCAUCGACAAGCUGGAAGGCGAUUGCAAGCGGAGGCGCUGCAGAGAAGGCGACUGCUGAGACGGUCAAGACAGAUCGGAUUCAGGCCUGAUUCUGAUCCAGUUACUUCAUCGACGUCACUCACAAGGCCGCUUGGCCACUCGAUGAGCCAUCACACUCUCUUACAACCCAAUUUGUCGGCUUAUCUCUGUCGAUGAGAAGCUUAAUACGCGGCAUAUCGCAGCUUGAAGCAAAGUCCAAGAAUGGAGAAACGCAGGAAGUGUCAAAAUACGACAAGUACCUGAGCCGACUCAAAUUGCCGCUGUCGACUGCCGAGUCGGCCUUGACGGCGCGCAAACUCGCUGCAUGGCUGGAUCAAUUCUACUGCAAAAAUCCUGCUGAACCAUGGCUUGCAGGCAAAAAGCUCAUUGCCAAAGGAAUGCCGCACUCAGUGCGGUCUGCUGGGUUCGAGCUGCUUCGUGCUUGUAUUGAGUCGCGAUCAGACUUGUCGGUUGUGUUACGCUACAUGUUCUUCAGCGAUAUCGAGAAGUUAUUUUCACCGGAUGGGGACCUUGAUUUGCAACUAAAGGCACUCAGACUGCUAAGCAAAGAUGGCCGAGAUCUGUCUGGCUUUGCUGACCAAAUUUGUCCCCUCAUGUGCGUUUGGGUAGAUCGAGCCAUUGCCAAUCUCGACAUGCACAAAGCUUGCAUCCGUCGAGGCCAUCUCAUGUCUCAUGCGCAGCGUCAUGCCGAUCUACAAGAAGCGAUGCUCUUCAUGAUGAAUAUUGCAAAGUUCCAUUUUUCACUGUUGCAGGAGCAAGACAUCGUCCUCAUGACUGGCCGAGUUAUUCAAGUGUGCAAGAGAACAAGCGAUGAGAAGGAUAUCGCUCUAGCGAUAGACUUCGUUGAUGCCAAUAUCCGCUACGGCUACAUUCCCUCAGAAUCCCUGAAUGAGGUCGUCAGCGUCAUUUGCUCAGUCUUUCGCAGCUUACCAAGUCAGCGGUCAGGCGCCAGAGGCGUCCUGCAGAAACUCAUCCGAAGUCACAUGUCUCAUGCAACUCGAAUGUCCAUCAGGAACUUGAUUAAUGGCAAGCGCAAUGUCCACGAUGAUGUUGUUCUGGGAGCGCUGGAACUCUUAAGAGCGUUGUGGCUCGACGCUGAUGAUGAAGACAGAGUUGUUUUGCACUCAAGCGCAGCCGUGUUUGAAGCGAUAAAGCAAGGCAUUGAGUAUCAAGUCCGGAGGCACGAUCGAAAUUGGGUCAAGCUCGACAAUGGAUAUGUUUCGACCCUAUUCUACAUGCUCAAGCACGAAUACAUAGCCAAAGAACUCUCGUACGACGAUUGGGCGAUUCCGUUCGACAUUAUCACGCAAGGAACACGCGCGUUGGACAAGUCAUCAGAAAAUGUAUUGCAACACCGAGAGGAGGAUUCGCAAGACCCGCAACAUCUCUUGCAUCAAACUUAUACGGCACUCAACCAGUAUCUUGAACAGCUUUACACCUCUGAGGAGUUUAACGGCCCUGUCGACCGCCUCAUGGCGUUUUGGUCAAGCAUAUACGAGGUUUUGCCAGCAACGACUGCUGCUUUACUGCUCAACUGGCACCACAAAGAGCUGAACUGCUAUCCAAACAAUGCACAAUGGCUUGUGCACAUCGAGACACUUGGAAAACAGUUCUGGGCACAUCCUGCAAGAUCGACCGAGGUCAGACUGCAGGCUUUGCGGCAAUUCAGCGAGGUGAUGGACCUUCUUGCAGGUCAGGAUGCAUCAUCAGCUUUACAUGACUGUAUGCUGGGGCUUUUGCAGCAAGUUGACGCAACUUCCGAAACACCAGUCAAAGUCGAAGGCAUCGCGCUAAUCGCCCGGAUAGCAAUCGAAGGCAACCAGACACACGCCGACAGAGCUCGUUCCAUGCUCCAUCAGAUGCUGCUGAUACCUGGCUUCAAGGAGACGGCAGAGCCAUCGCCAGCGACUAAUCCGCUUCAAUUCCAACGAAAAGGCUCAUUGGAAUCGCUGACAAGUCUAGUCUCUAGUCGUGGACAGAGGAAGGUCGCUCCUUCAAUCAUCUCGAGCGAUCCAAGAGAACCGUUGACGCCGAAAGUAGAGACUGCGUUGUCCACUGCCGCGAGCGCAGCAACGCAAGGACUCGUCAGUGCUUUUCUCAAAGCCUUCACGUCGACGCCCUCAGCUCGUGGCCAGCAGAUCUUCGAGGAGAUUUUGAUGGUUAUUGGUAGCCCGCAAUACUUUGAAGAGGCCCGCUGCCAACUGAUCAAUGUGCUCUCUCGCAUCAGAUCUGAUAUGCAGCAUGUUCUCUACAUGGAUCGAGACGCAUCAGAAGUUGUGGCUUCAGCGAUUGACACAUUCACCUACAUCAGCCCUGAUCAGAAUAUUGACAUUCGUUCUCGCUACUGCUGUAAAGGAGAGUUCAGCUUGCCUGUAUCCGAGUGGCUGAACAUGGUCUGCAAUCUGAUGCAAGAAGAGACGAGCUGGCGGGUGUAUGAGACUUUGUGUGGUGCUACGCAACGGCAGCUCAGUAACAAGCAUCUUUUUGAGUCUUGCGGCGCGCAAAUACAAAGGUUGCGAUCAUUGAUUUGCGAGCAACUUAUGAGUGCGCGACCACCUGUCGUGCGUCUGCCGAGUGACGUCAAGCGCGAAGACAUCAUGACUAUCCUUGCACAAUUGCUGAGUCUGGUCGUUGGUUAUCACAGCUUGUUCAACAAGUCGCAAAGCGAUGAAGUCGUGGCAGCGUUGCAGAAUGUUUUGACGCGCUACCAGAAGGCCUCGACAGCCUGUAUUCACACAUUGACACUCUGUGCAUACGAGCUUCCUCUUUCCUGCAGCAAAAUUCUUUCUCAGAUUCUCAUGCGCCUCUCGCAGCUCAUCACGUCCACGAAUGCAAGUGUGCAUAUUCUCGAAUUCUUGAAUGCUCUGGCCAAGCUACCUGAUCUCUACGUCAAUUUCAGGGAAGAGGACUAUCGCCGCAUCUUUGGCAUCGCUCUACAGCAUAUCCAGUACGCUAAUGCAUCGAGCCGAGACGCUUUGGCAGCAAGUCAGACUGAUCCGUUGACGCAGCCGAUGCCAGUCUAUGUCCUGGCUCAAGCCAUGGACGUAGUCUAUUCAUGGUUCCUUGCGCUCAAACUCCCUCAACGGCCACGUUACCUGAAAUGGAUUGUGGAUGGACUGCUGGCAGCGAAUCCGCAGUCAAAGUCACUCGAUGAACGGGGCCAAGUAUGUUACGAUUUCCUGAUGCGUUUCUGCUACUCCAAUGCUGAAAUCCGAAGUAUCGGUACUGUCUUUGCUGAUUUUGAGGCUGAUCAAUCGACAAGCAAAUCAUGGCUUUACGGCAAUGCCAUCUUGACACUACGGACAAUGCAUCUCAGUGGCCUCACUGAGCUGACUGUGCGCAGACCUACUGGUAGUGUCACUUUUCUGUGCAAGCCCAAUUCCGAUCUCGAAGCUCUGUCCUUCUUGUCUGCUAGCGAAGCCAAGGACAUCAUAUCUGAUGACACCCUCGUCGGCCCAACAGAAGCCAAGAUACGCACAGUGCUUUCGGGUCAGGAUGCCACGAUCUUCACGCCAAGCCACAUCCUUCUGCAAGUGAUCUGUCCACCAGAAAUUGAAGGCAAUGACAAGCCAUUGCUUCUCCCAGAUGAUGACACCACACGUCGUGCUAUCGGCACAUUUGAUCGCAUACCGGUCGUGGACUUUCAUAAGAUUGGCAUCAUCUAUGUCGGUCGUGGCCAGCGUGAGCAGGCUGAAAUUUUGGCCAACACGCACGGUUCAUUGGACUACGUCGAGUUCCUGGAUGGUCUCGGCGAUCUUGUCAGAUUGAAGGAGAACAAGAGUAUCUACACAGGUGGUCUUGAUACGUCCAACGACGAAGAUGGCGAAUUUGCCUAUGCCUAUAAGGAGAAGGUUACUCAAAUCAUCUUCCACACAUGUUCACUCAUGCCGAGCAAUCUCGAGCGUGACCCUGCCUGCACGCGGAAGAAGUCACACAUCGGCAAUGACUUCGUCAAUAUCAUUUGGAACAAUGCGAAUCGCCCAUACGAGCGCAGCACCAUUCCGUCAGAGUUCAACUUUGUCAAUAUUGUCAUUUCACCAGACGCAUAUCAGAGCCGGUUGAGACCUAGUCUGGCUGACGAACAGGAGCAAGAAGGCCAAGUGGAGCGAUUCUACAAGAUCAAAGUACUGCCUCAUGACUCCCUGCCGCCCAUCAGUCCGGCAUCGGAGUGGCGACUCGUGUCUGCAUCGCGGCUGCCUGUGUUUGUUCGGACAGUAGCCAUGCACUGCAAUUUGUACGCACAGGUCCAUCACGCUGGCGGUGACUUUACCGGGAUGUGGAAGCAGCGCUUACUUCGAAUACAGAUGCUGAGGCAGCGUGUUGGUGCGAAGCGGGAAGAGCAAAAUCACGCAUUGCCAUUAUCUGCGAGUACGAAUUCAGGGACAGGCAGUGUCUUGGGAAGCGGGGACAAAGGGCAGCAUCAGCACCAAGGGGCGCCUGACGGGUAUGACUUUGUAUCUUUCAACUAGCUGGAGCAUGUACAUCAUCUGUCAAUCCAAUAGCCA